AUGCUGGCUGCAGUUGUAAACGUCAUGCGAACUGUUCAAGAGGCGGGCGGCUUAGUGGCCAAGACGCAAGCCGAUAUCGAGAGAUCAAUCACCACAGCUCUCGCCAUCGCUCAGCAGCUGGCGAACGACGUCGACACGUUUGCCGCGGUCGCCGAAGCGAUCACCCCAUUCAUUCAAAUCUUUCUCUUUUCCUUGUCGCUCUUUCUCCUCUUCGCCACGUGCCGCAUCUUCGCUAAUGGUGUCAUCGCUUUUCUCGUCUGGAAAAGCGACCGAAAACAGGAGGAGGAGCGUUUUAGUGAGGCUACAACUCGUGCGGUGAGCGAACAUUUUCAAUACGAUUUCACACCAAUUGGCGACGAUGUAAUGAAAAAACGUGAGAUCGAGGCUUCUCCUUGC